AUGCUUCAACAACAUUCUCGUCUAUCAAACAGUGAUGAUGAUUCUGGUUGUGCUUUGGAAGAAUAUGCAUGGUGUCCUUCUGGUCUUAAAGCAGAACAGGUGCGACAAUUUUUCAAGUGUUUUCCUGAAGAUAAAGUUCCAUUUCUUAAUUCGAUUGGUGAAAAAUAUCGAACAAAAAUGCUUGAAGAGCAAUUACCUCCACAUGAUUCAGAUCCCAAAUAUUGUCGUACAUUAACAGAAGAUGAAAAAAAUGAAUUAAGAAUUUUUAAUGAACAACAACGGCAUAAUGCACUUGGUCGCGGUUCUGCUAGACAAUUACCUUUGACACAAUCUCCUAUGCCAUGUCGUGGAUGUCAAAAUUUAAUUGACUCAGGUUCGAUAUGUGUAUUCGCCGAACGAGCCGGUCGUACUGGUCUUUGGCAUCCACAAUGUUUUACUUGUAAACAAUGCAACGAAUUCCUUGUUAAUUUAAUAUAUUUUUACAAAGAUGGUCAACUUUAUUGUGGACGACAUCAUGCUGAAUUAUAUAAACCACGAUGUACAGGAUGUGACGAAAUCAUCUUCAGUGACGAAUGUACCGAAGCCGAAGGUUAUAGUUGGCAUAUGGAUCAUUUUUGUUGUUCAAAUUGUAAAAAACGUUUAGGUGGUGAACGUUAUGUUAUGCGCCAAAGUCAACCAUUUUGCCUAACUUGUUUUGAAACAAUGUAUGCUGAAUAUUGUGAUACAUGUGGUGAACGUAUUGAAACUGAUCAACCACAAAUGGCACAUGAAUCUCAACAUUGGCAUGCAACAGACACCUGUUUUUAUUGUUAUACAUGCCGUAUACCACUUCAUAAUCGUGGCUUCUUUCCGCGUUAUGGAGCAUUAUUUUGUUCAAAUGAAUGCGCAUCGCAAAGAAAUAAUCGUUUAAUAAAUACAAAAUUAAUUCAACAAAAUAAAUUUCAUCAAAGUCCUGAUAUUAUUCCAACAUCAUAUUCAUAUACAAAUCAACAUGUUAAAAUUAUUCCAGCACGUUCUAAAAUUAAUAAUCAACAACAAAUUACAUCAAAUCGACGAACAAAAGAACCAACAGGUUAUUUAUCAGAUGGAGCUGGUGUUCAAAAAUAUAAACGUGAUUAUACGAAUGGUUAUUUAUCCGAUGGUACGAGUAGUCGUCGUUAUAAUCGUCAUCAACCACAAGUUUUUCUUCAAUAUCAAACGUCUCCUGAUUCAACGUUAACAAAUGAUCGUCACGAACAACAAAAAUUGAAUAUAACACGAAGUCGUUCACGUGAACCAAUUCAAUUCUAUAAUGAUUUGAAUCUCGAACAACUUGAUCGUCAUGGUGCAACACUUGAAAUCGCACGUUGCUCAGCAUCAAAAUCAUCACAUGCAUCAUUACCUGAUCUAAGUAAUAAAUCAAUAUCGAAACCGAAAGUGAAAACCUAUCCAACCAUAUCUCAAGAAACCUUAGUUGAUCGGCCAACAACUCGUUUGAAAAAUUUUGAUUCCAAUGAAAUAAUGUAUCCUAUUUCAAGACCUAAAUCAACAGCGUAUUCAACAAUGUCAGCACAAUUUCCACGCUCCCGUUCACUAAAUGGUUCAACACGUUUUACGAAACAACAUCAUGUUCGAUUUGUUGAUGAUGAUAAAGAAAAAGUUUAUAAACGUUCACCAACAAUGAGUUAUAGAUCAAAGAAAAAUGUUUCAACAAUACGUCGGUCAUCUUCGUCAUCGUCGUCCGAUGAUGAUGAACAAGAUGAUUUUAAUUCCAUUUAUCAACAAUUUGACAUACAUGGUAAUCGUAUUAAAAAGUCAAUGAAUUAUGGAACGAAAAUAAGUUAUGUUGAUGAAUGUGCGGGUCUACGAUCCAAUACAAUUAAUCCAACAUUAAUGAAAAAAUCCAUGACAUUAAAUAAAAAAGAUAAGAAAUCAAAUGAAGCUCGAAGGAAAAAAGAUUGUAUUAUUAGUUAA